AUGUCCAGCAAUGAAAAGUCCGGCGAGAGUGCUGCCGAGCUCAGUGGCAACACCUACUACCCGCCGCCGCCGCCUGGCCCUCCUCCGUCACAGCAGGGUCCGCCUGAGCAGCAGCAGCAACAGCAGCAACAUUUGCAGCAGCCUCUCGCUCAGCAGUAUCAGCCGCAUCCCCAGCAGCAGCCAGACCAGCAGCAGUAUUUCCCUCCUCCACCAGGUCCGGCCGACGAGAAGCAGCCUCACGUGCAGCAGCAGCAGCAGCAGCAGCAACCAUACUUUCCUCCGCCGCCGCCAGCUCCACAUGCAGUCGAUGAGACGCAGUCUCACCAGCAGCAUCAACAGCAGCAACAGCAUCAACAGCAGCAACAGCAGCCCUCCUUCCCCCCUCCGCCGCCCGCUUCGGCCGAUGACAAGCAGUCUUACCAGCAGCAGCAGAGCGCAUAUGCCAUACCAGCAUACAAUCCCGCCAAUCCAGCCUUUGCCCCGCCCCCGACAGCUCAACAUGACGCCCAAACACCGACGGGGCAUCCAGGUCCGGCAUCGUCGUACGCUCACCAGCAACCACAACAGCCUCAACACCAGCAGCCGCCGCAGCAGCAACCCUCACAAACUGCUCCCAAAAAGUCCGGCUGGGGCGAUCGCUUCAAGCACUUUGUUAGUGCCGGAGCUGCCGCUCCCAUCAACAGCCUUGCCCACAAGCUCGGCAGCCAAAGCUUCUUGCCCGAGACCCUGGACAAAGAAUGCGACAAGUCAGCCGCCAUCCUGAGAUCUUUCUGCACCAAAGGUGUCUAUGCUGACCCCGGGGCCGGCCAACCCCCAACCUCUACCGAUCCGAAAGCCCACGAGUCUAGCAGCGGCGUCAUUGACCCGACCAAGGAGAAGCCCAAGAACCGCGUCAUUGUCACCAUCCCGCCCAAGGUUAUUUCCAAAGCAGUCGGCCUCGCCAUCUUCACCACUCUCCGUGCUGGCUUCCAGGUCUCUGGCGCCACGGGCUCUGGCGUCCUGAUUGCGCGGCUGCCCGAUGGAUCGUGGAGCCCGCCCUCGGGCAUCCAGGUGCACUCCGUCGGCGGAGGCUUCCAGAUCGGCCUCGACAUUUACGACUGCGUCUGCGUCAUCAACAGCAGGGAGGCCCUUGCCGCAUUCAUGAACACCCGCGUUAGCCUCGGGAGCGACUUGGCCGUCGUGGCCGGGCCCUAUGGUGCCGGGGGCGCCGUGGAUUUCGGCACCGCCGUGCAGCGCGGGAGAGACGACAAGGACAGCAAGGCCACCGCGGCUUCGGACGCGCAGCCCGCAGCCGCCGAAGCCCAGCCCUCGAGUGCGCUCAAGCCCGACGCGGGGGCGGCGUCCAAGGACUCGAAGCGCCGGAGUCUCAGUACCAGCGCCUUCAAGCCCGUCUUCUCGUACGUCAAGUCGAGGGGGUUCUAUGCCGGCAUCCAGGUCGACGGCACCGUCGUCGUGGAGCGCAAGGACGCCAACGCCUCGUUUUACGGAGCUCCCGUCACGGUGCAGCAGAUCCUGCAGGGACAAGUUCCUCCCCAGGGGCCUCGGGACAUGUGGCCCGUUGGCGCUCGCGCGCUGCUCGAGACGCUCCGCGGUGCUGAGGCGGGAGCCCUGGGUCACCACUCGUCUGCAUCUGCAUCUGCAUCUGCAUCUGGGGCGGCAGGUCAUCCGGGGUCUGGAGCUGUGCCCUGGGCGAAUGCGCCGCCUGCGGGUGCUGCACCCGGUGAGGCUUCGUCUGGUGCGCCGCCGGCGUAUGUAGAUGAUGGGAGUCAUGCGCAUGUUGGCGAUGCCAAGUAUGCGUAG